AUGUCGCUGGGCUUCAAACCCACGUUUUCACCCACUUUUUCGGGGAAAGGUGACGAGAGCGUGGACAAUUUCCUGCUACAGUGCAAACACGCCUGGUCGGGAACGACGUUUCAUUCCAGUCACGAGAGGAACGAAGCUCGGGCAGCGAUACUGCAUUUAGGAGUGACGGGAGAGGCGAAAGUCUUCAUAAAAUCCUUGCCAGAGUUGGAAUACUACAACUUCGAGAUCCUGUCUUCGAAGCUGAAAGAACAUUUUUCGCAGAGACAGUCGAUGGAGAAUCGAGGAUUAAUCUUGGGCCGAAUGAUGGCCCUCAAACAAGGAUCUAAGACUUUGGAAGAGUAUGCAGACGCUGGCAGGGAGAUCAGGAACGAAGCGCCAGCAAAAGACCAGGAAAUACUUACUGACAGAUGGAUUGCCGGGUUGGCAGAUAAGAACCUGAGAAUGAAUGUCAGACUUUCAAACUAUACAGCCAAGCAAAAUGAUUCCGUGAACCCCAUGCAUUUAGAGCAAUGCAUUUCUGCGGCGAUAUACCUCAAAGGGGAAGAAAGGUAUGAGGAACCCGAGCCGAGUGCGCGGUCUCAGGACAACAGGAUGAUGGAAAUGAUGGAAAUGAUACAGGGGUUGCAGAAAGAGAUAAAGGAUAUGAAAUUGCAAAGCAUGGAAUUCGGGGAAGCUCAGAUGCAACAGAAUCAGCAACUCAAAAACCCGCUGGGAAUUCAAAUACAUCUUCAUCGCUGGCUUGAUCCAAAAGACGAUGUCAUUCCCGACAGCAAAUGA